UGUGAUAGCGCGCUACGGGAAGCGGUGGUGCUGAUGUCGUUGCCGGUCGCGCGUCAUCUAAACAAUUCGUCUUGCAUUAUUCAGUAGGCGGCGCUCGCUGUACUUCUUGUCGUCGUCCCUACGCGCUUGCAGUUUUUCCGUUUUUGGCGCCCCUCCCUCCCCCUAUCACCAUAUCGUUCAAAGGCCGCGCGUCGUUAGUUGCGCCCGCGUCUGUCGCCGGCCCACAUUCAUCGGGUUCUCCGCCGUCGACGACCCACGUCCAUUUCUCUCGCGUUCACUCCGUCCGUUCGUUGUCGUCUCCAGUCUCGCCGCUUCAGUGGAGUACAGCCGACGGCGCGUCGACAUGAACCCGUUCACCGAGCUGUUCCACCGGGUCGCUCUGCUCGUCCUCACCCCGAAAUGCUACCAAGUGUUCUUCUACGAUUUGGAUUUCUUCAACGGUACUUGUAUAAGAUCUGCUCUCAGUAAAGGUCUUGGAUUUGGAAUAGUUGGUGGAUCUCUUCUAGUCAAACUUCCACAAGUUAUUAAAGUAUGGCAAAGUAAAAGCGCCGUUGGAAUUAGUUUGGUAAAUGUUUGCAUGGAUCUAUUUGCUGUCACAGCAAAUGUUGUGUAUAGCUAUUCUAGUCAAUUUCCAUUCAGCUCAUGGGGUGAUUCAUUAUUCAUACUUUUCCAAACACUACUAAUUGUAAUAUUAGUUUUUUAUUAUAACAUAUCUAAGAGGGCGGCUAGUGCUUUUGCAUUUAUUUAUUGUUCAUUAUUGUUUCUUCUCGUGUCUGAUAUUGUUCCAAAUUCUUUCCUUUGGAAUGCACAGUUUAUCAGCAUACCUUUAAUGUUUUACGGCAAGAUGACUCAAGGCUAUGUGAAUUUUCAAAAUAAAAGCACAGGACAAUUGUCAAUGGCUACGUCUAUUCUUUUAUUUUUAGGAUCAUCUGUGCGAGUAUUCACGUCUGUACAAGAAACUGGAGAUAAUCUUUUAAUUUGGAGUUUUGCUCUGGCAUCUUUUGCCAAUUUUAUAAUUGUUACUCAGUUUUAUUGCUAUAAAUCAGGGUCACCCGUUAAAACUAAAAAAAAAACAAAAAAGAGUAAACGAGCAUAAAUAACAUAAUCGGAGGAAAAUUUUUUCAGCUCUAUUAAACAAGUGUUCAAUGAAUAUUCCAUUUAACAUUUUAUGUUUACUGAACAUAAAUAUUAUGAAUAUAUUAAAAUUCCAAACUUUUUAACUUUUCACAUUUAGUUUAAAUAUUUUAAUUAAACUAUUGAUAAAAACCCUAAGCAAAAAAAUUUUAAGAUUAUAACAUUACCCAAAGACUGGUAAACAUAA